UCCGCCGGUGUCCUCUGCUUGGAUGCACCUUGCAGUACGUGCGCCAGCAACGCACGUGAGAGUGACUGUGUGUGUCUGUGCCAUAGGACAGAUUAUUUCGUUUACCCGCGGGACACCGGGACGUACGUCAUUCGAAGGCCCCCUCGGCGCCGAGUUGCAGUUUGCACAUGCAUAACAACAACAAAACCGUGUCAACUGAUCGCACGCGUUGGUGGUGCUGCACCAACACCUAAUAACACUUGGUCCGUGGGGAGUGUGGAUUGCAUCUAAUUUGCCAUGUUACGGGAUCGCUGUUAAAGGACACCAGCAGGAGCCCAAGGUUUCAAAGUGCAGCCUAUGGUGCAGCCGUGGAGAAAAUUUGUGAAAAUUAGGGACAUUUGCAGGAAUUUGAUGAAAAGGGGACAAACAGAUCAUUAACGGGUGCUUCAUUCAAAGAGUGGCAAAAAUAAAGGCGUGGAUACCACGGGCUUCUACUGUGGGGCCACCGCGGGGCCCAGCGGCGGGGGCGCUUCAGCACCCGCUGCCAACAGCUUUAAUAUGAUGGCUUUUCUGGACGACUACCUGGAGGGCGAAGGCACGACGCCGCCCAUGCAGGAGUUAUCUCAAAGCGACCUCAACAGUUUGCCCAAUGUUGACGCCGACAGCACCGCCUUCGAACUCGAUCUCCUCUUCUCAGACUUCCAUCCGACUGAAAAGGUUGGGGUCAAACCAUCUCUACAGGCUUCAUAUAUAUUUGAGGAGAACAACAAUGGCACUGCAGACACUUUGGACGUGAAGCACACGCUGACCUCCUUAACAGCCAGCAUAGUCAGCGACCCCUUGAGCACCCAAACAAUGGCAUCAAAUGCACUGGCACAAAGAAAAUUGAACGUUGCAACAGCAAAUCCUCUCCUCGCAGGCAAGCUGGCAGCACCACUUCCUACUUCUGUACCUUCUUUCUCAACAUCAAAUGCACCUCACCUCGAGUUCAAAACAGAAUUUAAGCAGGAAUUCCCUCUCAAGACCAAAUUCAAAACUGAGCCUGGUACUGUGGACACAACGCACGGAUCGCUCUUGGCCGGCGACGACUCGGACACGGACGACGACGGCCCAGCCGCCUCCGUCGCCUCCCUGCCGCCCCCGCAGCUGAAGCAGCCGCCAUCCGCCCUUCUUCACAACAUUCUCAGCCUGCAGCCGAGCAGCCUGCAGCACCCCCACCGAGCCGCCGGCUUCAGCACCAGUUCAACUGGUUCCCUCCCUCCUUCACCUGCUGAUAGUGGAGUGUCUGAUGUGGAUAGUAGCAGCAGUGGACACACAGAUGAAUUGAGAGCUCGUCUGCAGCUCCCAGUUAACAGUGGUGCCGCAGGUGAAAACGCUCUUGUCCAGCAGCAGCAGCACCAGCUCCUGCAGCAGCACAACCCUUAUUACCAGCAUUUAUCACCGCCCUCACACUUGCCUCAGCAUGCCUAUUACAACCCUAGGCAACCUUCCAGUAAUGUUGCUGAUUUGUAUGGAAGCACUUCGUCCAGUUACAUGCACCAGCAGCAGCACCCCAGCUACCUGGGACUCGGCUCGUACAACAGCAUGAUGGCGUCAACGUCACCACCAAUGCACCUAGGCCAGGCCUCGAUGGUCAAGCAGCAGCACUCACCGCUGGGCGGCGCGCUGCAGGGCGGCCAGGGGGCGACCUCGCCCAACGGAGACCACUACCUAUUGAAUCUCGGCUUCCACGCCAAGGCCAAGAAGAAGCUGAAGAAACCGAGAGGCCCCGGCACCGGAAUGCCAGGCGACGCCACCGUCAAGAGGAAAAGUAGAGAAGGUUCAACUACCUAUCUGUGGGAAUUCCUGCUCAAGCUCCUCCAGGACCGUGAAUACUGUCCGAGAUACAUCAAGUGGACAAAUAGAGAGCGUGGUGUCUUCAAAUUGGUCGACUCAAAAGCCGUCUCACGCCUCUGGGGCCAACACAAGAAUAAGCCAGACAUGAAUUACGAAACAAUGGGACGAGCACUAAGAUAUUACUACCAACGAGGCAUCCUCGCCAAGGUGGACGGCCAAAGACUGGUCUACCAAUUUGUCGACGUGCCCCGCGACAUCAUCGAAAUAGACUGCAGUGGUGUUUAAACAAUUGACCUCUUAACAGUUGCUGAGAAUGUGUGUGUGCAAAUAGACUCCCCCGAGUGAGAAAACCACAAUUAAAGCAAGAAGACAAUAUAAAUAUAUCAAACACCCCCUGUUAGCAAAAUAGAAGAAGGACACAGUAGAAGCUCCCAAUCCGUGUGGAUAAUUUUUUUCCAAGAAGAGAUGCCCCGCUGAUAUUGGAAUUAGUGUCCGCUCUAGCAAAGUAAAAAUGCUGCUCUCUAUAACCGCCGUGUCGCUGUUCAAUUUUUUCAUCUUUUCAUCAGCCACUUUAGACGUCCACUCUACGAGAAAAAUUUUCCAAUGCCGGUUUUUACAGAUAUGUGGAAAAAAUCUGCUUGCUCACAAGCGCGUCGGUGAUAAAAUCAUGUUGCAUCAAAAGAUAUUAACAAAAGUUUCUACGAUAGCAUACCUAUGUAUAUUUUUAUGCACAAUUACGAUAGCUAUAUUAAAUUAAAACCAGGGUGGGGCUACUUUUAAUUAACUCGUGUAAUUGAUGAACAGCUAACAAACAAACAAACAAACUUUUCCGCGUGAAUGCGUCCGGAACACUUGAAUUUUAUUUUAUUUUCUGGGGCGAGUGGUCGAUGGGAAAAUGUUCGUUGCUCCUCUGUGAGAUGAAUAUUGAAACGGGAAACAAACUCCUCCGAGAAUCCACCACUGCAGAGCAACUGAACCCUUUAAUGUCCAACUAGAGCAAAUUUCUGGAUUAAUGUUUUGAUUGUAGAGCAUCUUCUUUGAUAAAAACAAAGCAGAGAGGUAAAAUCUAUUAUUGUGUAUUAUAACAAUUAGUUGUUAAGUAGGGUGUAAGCACAAAUGCAUCUCUCUAUCUCUCUCAAACUGUACUAAGAACAUAAAAAAAAUUUAAAUCUGUACACAUCUAAUAGAAUGUAACGGUGUAAUUUUCUGGCCAACUGUUGGAUUACAUAUAUUAUUAUUCAUGAGCCGUCUGACGUACAUUGUUGAUGUUUGAUACAAUUUAAUCAUGUAUUUUUGGAAGUGGAAAUUUUCGGUCCGUUCUACUUAAAAGAAAGAGAAUUGGUGACUUUCCUGUUCACAUAUAGGAAGACAGAGAUAAUGUUUUGAAUCAAAAUGAAACCUUUCCGACACACACAAUUAUACAAAUCUGAGAUGCGGGAAUUAACAUUUUUCAAGGAUGAAUAUCAGUUGACAUAAUUUUUUUUUCUAAAUACUUUUGGCAAAGAGAAUUGCUGCUCUUAAAAUUGAGGUUUUAGUACGGGAAAGUCGAUCUCAGGUAAUAUUAAAGAAGGGAGUAAAAAAGGAGAGACAAAAAAGCAAGAAAAAGAUUGAUAUAUAAAUGGAAGGGAAACAAAUUAUGCGGUCCAAAAAGUUGUACAUAAAAAAAAAUAUACAAUUAGCAGCAAAAGUUAAAACACAAAGUGAUACAUUGUACAGAGAGUUUGUAUUUUUUAAAUAAAUUAGAGGUUAAUGAUUUAUUAUGUAAAAAUUGUAUAAAAUCGAAGAGAGAUUUUUUAUUGAGGUGUUGACUACAAAUUGGAAUGAAAAAUGUAAGAAUUAAAAAAAAAAACGAGAAAUAAAAAACACAGUAAAAUGGAAAGAGCGUAUAUUAUAUAUUUAUUUAUAUUUGUCAAAGGAAGCAAAUUCCAGAGAUAAUGUUAGAAAUUGACAAAUUGGCUGUUGCAACAGAAAAAUAAUAUCAGAGCAGUGAAUAAAGCGAUGUUUAAACAUUUAAAGAUUUUCCAUUAUCCCAUGACAGUACAGUAAGUGGACAAUGCAAUUGAUUGUUUCUUCCGUUUAAGUUAAUUAGAGCAAUUGAAUUUAUUGCUCUAUUUUCAACCAAAAUAAAAACAAAUCUUGUUGAGGGACCACGCAAUCGUCAAAAGAAAUUAGUCUCUCGUCUUCGAGUCGGGAGAAUCAAAACCACAUUUUUUGGGGGGAAUUGUAUUCAUUCAAACAAAUUCACACAUUUAGACACGGUGUAUUAAUUGAUAAUAUAAUUGCAUCUGUGUUUUUCAAGCAGGUUGUACUUACACGGUGUUACAAUUACAUGGUGAAAUUGAAAUUUGUGAUUACGCUGUUGUUUAUUUGUAUAAAAUCUUUUGAGAAUUGAUUGUAAUGUUUUGGACUUCGAUGAGAAUACAAAAAUAAAAUAGUCAGUUGUAUCUGCUCAAA